AGUGCGACUACUCUUCUCUUCUCCGCCACGGCAGUGGAGAGAAAAAGGAAACCCGUCCCCCGACACGGGACGGCGACUAUUCGCCCGGUCGCGGUCGGUCGGUCGGUUCGUGGCGUGGACUCGAAGCCCCCUUCCUCCUCCUCACCCCGGCCCCGGCCGCUCGCUGCCUUCGAGCUCUCCUGCGCUUUUGUGCUCAGGGCAGGGAGGGACGCAGCCUUGUCCGUGGCUCCCGGUGGUGGCGGCCUGAGAGUUCCUCCAACUUCCAGCUUCGCUCGCUCCUCCGGCAGCCGCGCGCGGCCACCGGCUGGGCGGGACCCACCCGGGAGGGUCCGCGCGGCCGAGCAGCGGCGGUGAUUCCGUUCCUGGAUAAAGUUCAUUCUUGUUUGGUGGCUUCUUCUUGUUACAAGGGCACACCAAACUGCCUCAGGUUUCAUUGGUACACUUUAAAGUGGUUGCUGAGUACCAGAUCAGGCUGACAGUUCAGCAGGAAUUGAUGCAACUUUCUGAAUUGGAUGGUUUGGUUCUGAAUUGCAUUUUUAGGUUGAUAGUUGAUGCAAACUGCUGACCAACUUGUCAGAACGGUUUUGAGUGAUGAAGAAAUGGCAUGGUGGUUUUUUCAUAGUAUCUUUGUUCAUUAUCUUGAUGUUAAGAUAUGCGAUACUGGAUAGCCCACUUGCAGAAAAAUCUCUUCAGUAUGUCUUCCAGCAAAAUAGUACGGCAGCACUACAUUGGUUGGAUGUUCCAAAUCCACCUGCAAUCCAGAAUCCACAGAACUCCUCUGAAGUAAUAUCAACCAAACUCUUGGCAUCCAACCUUUCCAUUACCAGAAAUCUCUCUGACAGAGAACUACAAUCUUUGCAUUCUUGGAAUCAUUUGAGGCAUCUAGUAACUCAUGCCCAUAUCCUACCAGAUGGAGUGAAGGCAAUCAAGGAAGCUGGGGUUGCAUGGAGGGAACUAAAUAAAGUCCUUGUAUAUGAUGAUUCACUUGUUUCUGUAAAUGGCAGCACUCAGCAAAAGGACAAAGGAAAACAAUGCCCAUUUUCUAUUCGAAGAAUGAAUGCUACAAGGUUAGGUGAUAGAUUUGUCUUAAAGAUUCCCUGUGGAUUGAUUCAGGGCUCUUCCAUAACUAUUUUUGGUACUCCUGGCGGUUUUCUGGGUAAUUUUAAGAUAGAGUUAACUGGUGCGGCAGUUCCUGGUGAACCAGACCCUCCAAUUGUCCUUCAUUACAAUGUCCGCCUUCUUGGUGAUAAACUUACAGAAGAUCCUGUAAUAGUCCAAAAUACAUGGACUAUAGCCGAUGAUUGGGGUUCUGAAGACCGUUGUCCAUCUCCUGAAUCCGAUGCUAAGGACACUGCAAAAGUGGAUGAUCUAGAAAAAUGUAGUAACAUGGUAGGCAAGGACCAAAUCGUGGCAUCUAAGUUACAUUCUAACGUUUCGUCCAUGCCACCUGCAAGGAAAAAGAAUGCAGAACCUAGAAAAUAUUUUCCCUUCAAACAAGGAUAUCUAGCUGUAGCAAUUCUUCGUGUCGGAGCAGAGGGGAUCCAUAUGACUGUAGAUGGCAAACAUAUCACUUCCUUUGCAUUCCGAGAGGAUUUGGAGCCAGGGUUUGCUGGUGAAGUAAGAGUUGCAGGAGAUAUUAAAUUGCUGUCUGUGAUAGCAAGUGGUCUGCCUACAACAGAGGACUUCGAGCAUGUCACUGACUUGGAAACAUUGAAGGCUCCACCUGUCCCCAUGGAUAAAUCUGUUGAUCUUUUCAUUGGGAUCUUCUCUGCAGCAAACAAUUUCAAACGCCGAAUGGCGGUCCGCAGAACUUGGAUGCAAUAUGAUGUUGUUCGCUCGGGAAAUGUUGCAGUUCGAUUUUUUGUUGGCCUGCACAAAAAUGAGGUGGUGAAUGAGGAACUUUGGAAUGAAGCACGAACGUAUGGAGACAUCCAGUUGAUGCCAUUUGUGGAUUAUUAUAGCCUGAUUCUUUGGAAGACUAUAGCCAUCUGCAUCUAUGGGACAAAUGUCUUGUCAGCCAAGUAUGUGAUGAAAACAGACGAUGAUGCUUUUGUUCGUGUAGAUGAGAUACUUUCUUCCCUAGACCGAGUAAAUAUCAGCCAUGGACUGCUGUAUGGUCGUGUCAAUUCUGAAUCUCAGCCUCACCGAGAUCCAUAUAGCAAGUGGUACAUAACCCCUGAGGAAUGGCCUGAGGAGAGUUAUCCUCCAUGGGCACAUGGCCCAGGAUAUAUUGUUUCAGAGGAUAUAGCGAAAGAAGUUUACAGGAAACACAAGAGAGGGGAGUUAAAGAUGUUCAAGCUGGAGGAUGUCGCGAUGGGGAUAUGGAUCAGUGAGAUGAAGAAGGAUGGAUUGGAUGUCAAGUACGAGAAUGAUGGGAGAAUCUUGGUCGAAGGGUGCGAGGAUGGGUAUGUGGUUGCCCACUACCAAGAACCAAGGGAUAUGAUGUGCCUCUGGGACAAAUAUCAGAAAACAAAGCGAGGAACAUGUUGCAAAGAGUAACAGAACCAAAACCUUCGGGCUAGUACAAUCUUGAUAUGUCACCAUCUAAGAGAUCCGAAUAGCAUGAGUUGUCAUUGCUGGUUUCAGAAUUGGAAGGGGACAGUUUUGGAUAUCAUCAAGUUUCUUUUUGUCCGCAGCUGAAGAGUUUAAAGUCUAACUAGGGAAUACAUUGUAGACGAUGCAGGUCUCUUCUGUUUGGGCGUAGGUAGGAGGAUGUUGCUUUACUCAUAGUGUGGCUUAUUCUUGUACCAUAUCUUGUUAGAAUGUAGGAUACAGCGGCGGCAUGUUACAUUAUCUGAGUAGAUUGAGAGGCAGUGUUACCAUUCUUUCCAAAGGAAUGCAUUUUGUAUCUGGUGUAAAGGUGUUUCACGGUUGCUCUGAUGUGAUCCAUUUCCUAUCUACUC